AUGGGUGGAAGUGGCGCGGCCGGGAUGGGAAUGGAUCCUGCUGCAUUACUUAAGUUUCUAAAUCCGCCUUCGACUCCAGCACCAAUUAUAACCACCCCGAAACCACGUAAAAUACCCAUUAGGCCUGACCCCAAAACAAGACGUGAAGUUAGGCAAAUUUUCCUUGACAAUAUGAAGCCCGGUGUUGAACCUCUUUCAAUCCUUAUAGGCCUGACACCAGAGAAACUCAUGCGUUCCGGAGUAAAUCCCGUUAUCGCAAAUAGCGCUGACUUGGCGCGAAUCGUACCUGCGACAGAGAGAGCCCUAGGAAUACAGAUUAAGAUGUUACCCACACCAGGCAUGCGUGGUAGUCAUCCCCGUGGCGCAGUUGGUCAUCCUUCCGCAAUGAGAGGCGGGGCUGGUUUAGGGGGACUGCCGCCCCCUACAAGUGGGAGUUCGCGGAGACAGUUUAUGAUCGAGCAACGAAUGAUGAAUGAAAUGAUGCAGUUAUUUGGCUUAGGACCAGAGCCCCUGGAACCAGGUGAUCCAGGCUAUCAGGGGCCCGGGCAGACCACAGGUGGACCUGGGGGUGCGGCUGCUGGACCCGGGGGUCCAGGCGGUCCAGGGGUCGGGCGUUCACGGGUAUCUAACCCAUUUGAAAUGACAGAUGCACAGCAGAUUGCGAUGGAAAGACGGAUGGGCGCCCAGGGUGGUUUUGGCGCUGCUGGCGGAGGGAUGGGCGGGAUGGGGCCGGAGUUUGGGGGGAUGGGAGGAGGAGUAGGAGGAGCUGCCGGCGCAGCACAGAAUCCGAUGAUGGAAAUGUUGGGAUUAUAG